AUGGGCCAAAAGUUUGCAGAAUUGGUCAAGAUGGGAGAUUUUAUAGAGGAAGGCAUCAAAUCAGGUAAAAUUCAGUCCAUGGCUGCAUUGCAAGCUGCAAGUAAGGCCAUACAAUCAGGAUCCAUUGGUGGCAUCAAGAAGAAAAGGGAGGAUGUUUCAGUCGUCAAUUACCAACAUGGAGGACAAUCCCACCAAUACCCAAACAAUCCCCAAAUUGUUGCACAUACUCCAUACACCUCGUAUCCAGUGUAUAAUACCCGACCACACUAUAAUCCACCUCGAGCACCAACAUACCAAAGUCCAACAAGACCACAUGUCCCACUCCAAGCACCAACCCACCAAAACAGACCAGCAUAUGUGCCAAGACCACGUCCAAAUCUCGAAGCCAGAAAUACUCGCACCUAUACACCCAUUGCUGAACCUUAUGCUCAAUUGUUUGAAAGGUUAAGGAUAGCAGGAGUACUACAGCCAGUUGAGGAAAAACUCCCCGACCCAAUCCCUUACAAUUUUGAUGGAAACAAGCGAUGCGCUUACCACUCGGGAAUCCAAGGGCAUGACACAGAAGAUUGUUAUGGCUUGAAAAACCAGGUUGAGACGUUGAUCAGAAGAGGAAUAAUAAAAUGCACUCCAACACCUCCGAAUGUGAACAACAACCCUUUGCCAAAUCAUGAGAAUCGAGAAGUCAAUAUGAUUUCUCUAGAAGAAGAGUACAACUUGGGAGAAACCAUCGCGCCUGUCUGGAACGCCGAAGAAGCUGCCACUGCAUCUCCAGUGCAACCUAUUAUCACUGUUCAGCUAAAGGAACCUCUUACUGUCCAAACAUAUCUCCCGAGAGUUGUAGUAACCACUACAGUUGCUAGAAAGGCUGAGUUUGACACCAAAGAAGUCCCAUGGGAUUAUAAAACAAAAGCCAAGGGCAAGAUGAUUGACACCGCUGUGGCUCAAGGGAUGACUAGAUCAGGAAGGUGCUAUACUCCCGAGAAUCUGGAUCAAGGAGUUAUUGGGAAGGAGCCGAAUCCCAAGAAGAAUGUUACGGAUGCUGAAGUCACAGAAUUUUGGAGAAAGAUGCAGCCGAAAGACUAUUCAGUCGAAGAGCAACUGAAGAAGACCUCGGCUCAUAUAUCCAUAAUGUCUUUGCUAAUGAGUUCUGAGGCUCAUAGGAAUGCUUUGAUGGAGGUGUUAAAUGGGGUUUGCAUUCCAAAAGAGACCGCAAGUGAAACCUUAGCUGCAACAAUUGGACAAGUAUUGGAAUCUAACAAAAUCUCUUUCCAUGAUAAUGAGCUACCAACGGAAGGGACUGGACACAACAAAGCACUUCAUAUCGCGGUCAAAUGUCGUGAUAAGAUUGUGACCCGAGUUCUGAUUGAUGGCGGUUCUGGAUGUAACAUCUGCCCUUUCACAACUAUGAGAGUUUUAGGCUUGAAUAUGGGAGAUAUAGAGGAAAGUCGUGUAAAGGUGAGAGCUUUUGAUGGAGCACAGAGAAGCGUCAUUGGAGAAAUCCAUCUCACAUUGCAAGUGGGACCAGCAGAAUUCCCUAUUUUAUUUCAAGUGAUGGAUGUGUCAUCGAACUACAACCUGCUGCUGGGAAGACCAUGGGUCCAUAUGGCAAAAGCAGUCCCUUCAACUCUUCAUCAAUGUGUAAAGUUUGAGUGGGGUCACACAGAAGUUACUGUUCAUGGGGAGCUCAAUCACCCCAUUUAUUCUGUCAAUUCUGUUCCAGUAACUGAGGAAUUAGAUGGAGCCACUUUUCACACUUUAGAAAUCAUGCAAGCUGUGAGGAUUGACGAGAAGUUAGAGUCGGUUGGUGUGAAAUUGUCAGGGGCAGCGAAGAUGGUCGCAGCAGAGAUGUUGAAAUACGGGUAUCAGCCUAAGACAGGACUUGGACCCAGGGCCAAUGGCAUAGUUGAACCCAUCCAGUUGAAGCAUCAGAAAGGUACCACUGGACUUGGAUAUGGAUCUACAUCGGGACGAGUCCACAACAGGGGAUCCAUCAAGACAACGUUCGUACCAGAGCAAGUUCCGAUUCUAGAUCACGCAUCUGACGAUGAUAUAGUGGAAGGAAUAGGAAAUUUGUUCGUGGCCAUGAUUGGAGAAGAGGAAGAGAUAGAUCUCCGCAAAUUGAGCAUCCGUGAUUCCAAGCCUGGAGAAAGCUUGCAGAAUUGGACCGUCAGUCCUUCCCUGUUUCGACAAAAGUCCUGGUAG